AAAAUGUGGGUGAUUUUCCUGCUGCUGGCCGCCGUGGUUUCGCCUAUGUUCGGUGAAGUUGAAGAGUAUAAAAUUGAUGUAGAGGAGUGCAAGGCGGCGGGAUUCAAUCCGGAGACUUUAAAGUGCGGAUUAUGCGAACGACUAUCGGAUUAUCAUCUGGAAACGCUGCUCACCGAUUGUCUUCAGUGUUGUAUUAAGGAAGAAGAGUUUAAGCACGAAAAAUAUCCAACGGCAAUUCUGGAAGUCUGCGAGUGCAAUUUGGCUCGAUUCCCACAAGUUCAAGCAUUCGUCCAUAAGGAUAUGGCUCGUCAAUUCGGUGGAAAAGUGAAAGUUAAGCAUGUACGAGGUGUCCGACCACAAGUUGCACUGAAAGAUGCCGAUUUUAAGACAAAAGAGGUGCUCAGCGUUGAGAAAUGGGAUACCGAUACGCUCAUCGACUUUUUCAAUCAAUGGCUCGAAUAAUUUUUUGUUAUUAAAUUCGAUUUUCACCCCAUAUUUUCCUGACUCUCUCUCUCCAUGUUUUCACUGGUAUUUUUUAAAUUAUUUUCCAAUUUUUUUUGCUGUAGUGGGCUGGUUAAUAAAAGCAACAAGGUUCCGAUAUUUU